UAGGGUUAAUAAUGAAGAAGGAACGUGUUCCAUAUCCGGGUGUAGUACGGCCAAGAUUUAAACCCAAUACCCGUCCAAAUAACAAAAUUGAGCCUGAUGCGUCUAUACAACGCCGUCAACUUUGGACAAACAUCAAGGCUCGGCUCAAAUACAAUUUGGAUUUUUACGACUGGCUUCGAAACAAAGUAAGAAAGUACGAAAAUGGAACAAAGUCUAUCACCAAACUAAGUUCAGAUGCUGCUGUACUCAUGCGAGGUCAUCCAGAUCUUAUUAACGAGUUUAACAAAUGGAUUCCCAUGACUCCUCAAGAUUCAUGCACAUUACUCUCCCAUCACCUCGCAGCAACACAUUUGGAGAACCGUGAUUUGCAGGAUAAAGGCUUGGAUGAAAUAUCUUUCGAUUCAUAUAGUGAUCCCGAUACUGAAACCGAGGACAAUGAUUGGAUCUCGUGGGUGACAAGGUUAUUCUCUAUUUAUUUUUUUCUUUAA